AUGGCCGGCGAUAAAAUCCAGCCACCCAUCAUCCAGCCGCUCCACCCUGCGACAACCGUAACCAACAUCAAGAAUCAGAUCCCUAUCACUCUCACCACUGAUGGCAACACCUACAACUCCUGGGUCGCCUUAUUUAAAGUACAGUGCACCGUUUGUAGGGUUUUGGAUCACAUUCUCCCGGAUGCUACCGCUCCCUCAGAACACGAUGACGAAUGGAAGCGUAUUGAUGCAAUCGUGUUACAGUGGCUUUACGGUACUAUACCCACUGAUUUACUAACGACGAUUCUCAAGGUUGACAACACGGUUGCGAAGGCGUGGUCUGCUCUUGAACGCCUUUUUCUGGAUAGCAAACCUACACGUGCCUUGCAUCUUCAGCAGAAAUUUUACAACACCAAGCAAGCAUCGUUUACUUCUGCCACAGCAUACUGUCAGGAACUCAAACAUAUUUCUGAUCAGUUGUCGAAUGUUAAUGCUCAGGUGACCGAUCAGACCCUUGUCCUGCAGUUGAUAUCCGGCCUCAGUCCCGAGUAUGACAAUUUUGCAACCACUCUACAACAGGCUGACAAGUUUCCGUCUUUUGAAACAGCCAGAUCCAAACUCGUUCUUGAAGAGGACAGCAAGGCCAAACGACUUGCUGAUGCACCGGCUGCCCUACACACUACUUGCCCAUACCCCACGACUCCACAGCACCGUCCUCCGGCAGGGCUGCCCCGGGCAUUCUUGGUGCGGCUCCAUCAGCAAACUAUGCCUCGUCCGAGUAUUCAGUUGCACCAACAAAUAUAG